AUGAUGUUUCGAGAGCAGCCUCCGCCGAAACUCAAUAGUCACCACAGAAAAAAUACUGACCGGCCUCCAGCUAUAACCGUGGCUAUUAGUGAUAGCAGCGAAAGCAAAGACGGUAGUGAUUUGGACGAUCAGGAGUGGCCUAUAAAGUGUAUCCUUCGUGAAACAGAUACCGAGUAUCUCAUUGAUUGGGAGGGUCCCUACGAUCCAACUUGGGAACCCAAAGAAAACGCGAGUGAGCUUGCUAUACUGGUUUGGAACAAACGGAAAGCCCGGCAAUCAAGAGAGCUGCAUCGGAAUUUGAUACGCGAGAGAAGCACUCGUUCGCCUAGUGUCAUCGAGGUCUCUUCCUCAUCCUCAGAAGCAAACAUAGGUCCAGAGAACCACUCGCCCUUCGACAACGAGACUGAUCAGAGCGAUACUAGUUCUGAUAAUUAUUCAAGAGCUUCCUCGUCCCUAUUUGUGCAACAAGAAGGCCUUUCAGAGAUACUAGACUCUCUUCAAUCCCAGUACACUGAAGCCUCGGGCAGCUUUCAUAGGAGCGCUUCCCAAUUUCUCUCCGAUUAUUCCCCGCCCCCAGCAGCUGUAUCCUCAAAAUCUCACUCACAGGACAACACCUCGAUUUUUGAAUAUAUUCCCGAGUCAUCUAGCCCAUCUGAAUACCUGCAACCAGGUGAGUGGGACGACGGCACCGUGUUCGAUACGCAGCAGCGUGGUCCGACUUGUGACUCGAAAGCCGAUUCAGUUGAUAGUUGCUCAUCCCAUCAACAGAACUCCGCGGAAAUCGAUACCAUUCUUGGGGUAUCACACCCGAACACGCCGGGUGUUAGACUGAGCCCCAAGGUCUCCGAAAUAGCCGAGACGCCUGCUCAGCUACCAGGUUCAGGAGCUGGUUUCUCGUAUCUUGGCUCUUUCUCUCUUGAUAAUACUCCAUCUCACAACAACCUGACUUCUCAACCUAUUGACUCGUACUGCGAGUUCGACCAGUUCCAUUAUUUGAGCUCAAUUCCAGAGACAGUUUUUCAACACCCGUCACAACACCCAGAAGAGCUCAGUGCCGAAGCUUUCGACAGACCAGUGCUUUCAUUUCUUAAUCCUGUGGAAGAAGCACCAUCCGUCAAAACCAUGGACGAAAAAGAGCUCAAACCAUCGGAUCCUUCUCUCUCCGAUGCCCCUUUGGACCGAUACAGCCAACUGCCAGGGUCCAAUCCUACGGAAAAAAUACGCAACGCCUGGGCCCAACUCAGCGAAGAGAAUCAACCCGAUCUAUCGCAGACAGCUAAUGCUGUAGAUACUCCAUCUUCCGUGGGAGAUAUCGAGGCUUCAAUCCCUGGUUCUGUCCCCGAAAAAACUGCACCACUUAGUGUCAGAGCCGACACAGAUUCCUUCUCCCAUUCACAUACAGCAGUCCACCAUGGUCAUUCUGAACCUUUACUGCCCCCCUCAGAACUAGCUCACGGGGGUCAUAUGAGUCAACCUUCACUCCAAACUAUCCAUCCCAGCGCAUUGACCGUCACUGGCAUGGAUGAGGUUGCGCCCGGAUCAGUCCGCCUGGGGCCAUCCGAGUUUGCUGUCACCCUUCCAAUGGAUUCUCGUGUGAAGGAUGACUAUGAGCGAGUGCUCUCAGAUGCAGCCACGAGUAUACGCCAGUUUUUCGAGAGCUUUCAGUCGAGUACUCAAAUUCCCGAACCUGAGCGAGAGGCUUUACAUUCACAGAUGCGAGAGGUCAUCGCGCGGUUGAGCAAUGUUUCAAUGCAUCCAGACUUGAACAUCUCCGACCAUUUGAAAGACGCCGACCCUGAUCUUGCGAAAGAGGCAUCCUGGGCUGAAUACUCUAGUGCGAAGUUUCUUCUACUUGGUCAUCUCAUGGAGAUUGUGGGUACGCACGAGCUCCAUCUUGUUCUUGCUGUCCAAGAUGAGAAGAAACGGGCAGUUCUUGAGCGUUAUCUCCAAGGGAAGGGCUUUGCAUACACCCGACCCCGUGAAGAGAUGGGUAGCAACUUGGAAGUUUCCCUAGCCAAGGGGCCUCUCAGUUUUGGAAUUCAUUCUAGUGAGACCGCCCGUGAACUUUACAAGCCGCCGUCCGCUAUCUUUGCGUUGGAUUCGUACUUUAGACCCAAAAGUCCAUCCAUGCAGCACGUUCGAACGACUUACGCCCGGAACGGGAACUUACUGCCCGUCAUCUGGUUUCUUGUGGCCAACACAAGUGAACAUAUUGAGCGUUGUUUGCCCGAGUCACCGGAGCCCGAUCGGUUGCGUUUACUCGUGCACUACAUUGCCCGUUUCCAUAAUGAGGUCGGUGAUCUCCAGGAUGAUGCCCUCGGUGUACAUGAAGACGCCGAGGAGAUUCUCGGGUACCUCUUGGAUAGUGUUGCUGGUUGGCCAUUGCCUACCAUUGAGCCUUUAAGUCUUGUAUCCCUGGAAGAAUUAGAGUGUUACAGCUCUUCGUCCGACGAGGCGACACAGCCGGCCCAGAAACGUACACUGGACGAUGAACCCGAGGAACACUCCUCGAAACGCGCACGGGUUGGUACUCAAGAGAUCAGCCAAUUGACUGAGUCAACUAAGCCUCCGAGCCAAACAUUGGACCGCGAUUUACAAUCACUAGAGAAGAAUCUUAUCCAUAUGAAACACAUUCACGCAACUGAAAAAGCCCACUUGCAGGCCGAGCUUGAUCAGGCAAAUUCUCGAUUCCAAGAAAUGGAAAAGGCACUGGGUGUUCUACAACAUCGUUACGAGAGUCGGACAAAGGAACUGCAUGCAACUCGCCAAGAGCGUGAUCGCGUGACAGAAAAUAAGUCGUCUCUAGAACAGCGCCUCGAGAAACAAAAAGAGACUAUAUCUAGUUUGAAAGAAGAACGGACAGAGCUGAAGCGCGAGCUCGACGAGGCCAGGAAAGCAAUCAAAGACGGCGGGGGCAAUUCUGCUGAACUGGAGACAGCACGCGAAGAAAUCCGCCGCCUUACCAAAGAAAAUUCGAACCUUGAACGCAAGGCUGAGUUCGAGAAAAACCAAUCCGAGUACACCCGAGAACAAUAUCAGACUGCGUCUACAGCGGCCGCUCAGUCUGGCACAGAGACUCGCCGAUUGGCCACCGAAAACGAGAAAUUAAAGCGCAAGGCCGAAAGCAACGUCGUUCAACUUCGUGAAUUGCACAUGAAGGACGAGUCGGCUCGCCAUCUAGCUCGAAUUGAAGAGCUAGAAUCAACACUCGCUACGCGCGACGAAUUCCUACGCAGGAAGGAAGACGAGCUUCGUGAAAUCCGGAAGAAUCGUCCAUCGACUCGCUCGACUAGCACUCAACCACGAAGCCCCAAAUGGGCCGGCAGCCGUCCGACCAGCCCCGGGGUUGGUCAUAAUGGUAACGGAAAUGGCGGUCUUGGGGGUAGGGGCAGUGCUCUACGAUACAGUUCAGAGAUGCCCUUCUGA